GGAGGGGAGGGGGGCAGCUGCUGGGAGGCUGUGCGUGUCGGCGGCUGCUCUUUGCUUCAACACCCGGGGCGGGUCGGGGGAGAGAGAGAGACUGCGCUUCUCUGCAGGAGCUGAAGAGAUGUAGACAUUUUCUGUUUCCCUUUGCUGUGGUUUGUGAAGUUUCCACGAGUUUUGGAACAAGGCUGCAGUUGAAACAUGGAGCAAGCUCAUGGCUUUUUGUUAAAUGAAGAACUUUACAGUCAACUCAGUGACUGCAAGAAACCAGAGUUUGUUUUUGAAUGGCUUAGAUUUUUGCAGAAACUCUUAGUGGCUGCAAAUAAGGCUGAUAUUAAAGAGAAGCAAAGGAAGCUGGUAGAACAACUGACAGCCUUGUUAGACAGCUCACCGGGGCCACCCAUCCGUAGACUGAUCGCUAAGAACCUGGCCCUGCUCUACUGUGUUGGAGAUACAUUCACUGUGUAUCAAACAGUCGACAAGUGCAAUGAAAUCAUCAAGAGCAAGGAUGAUUCACCAAGUCAUCUACCCACUAAACUGGCUGCAGUUGCGUGUUUGGGAGCCUUGUAUGAGCAACUGGGCAGAAUGUUGGGGAAUACGUUUACAGAUACGGUGGGGAACUUGCUGAAAGCUAUGAAAAGUGCUGAGUCCCAGGGGCGCUAUGAGAUUAUGCUGAGUUUGCAGCAGGUAGUUUGUGGUCUGGGAGUUGCAGCUGCACCAUGUCACAGAGAUAUCUACAAGGCUGCCCGCUCGUGCCUGAUCGAUCGAUCAAUGGCUGUUCGCUGUGCUGCAGCAAAGUGCCUUUUGGAACUUCAAAAUGAAGCUGUGUUUAUGUGGACAACAGAACUAGAGAAUGUCUCUACACUAUGCUUUAAAGCUUUUGAAGGCUCUAAUUAUGAUGUACGUGUAGCAGUUUCAAAACUGCUGGGAGUUAUUCUAGCUACAGCUGUGGUGCCCAAGCAAGGAACAGGAUCGAGGCACGUUGUUCGUAAAACCUCCCUGGAGGAAGCGAUGGACCUGCUUGCUUCUGGCUUCUUGCGAGGAGGCAGUGGUUUCCUCCGUGUCAGUGGAGAGAUGCUGAAAGGAGGCAGCUCAGUGAGCAGAGAUGUGAGAGUAGGAGUCACUCAGGCCUAUGUUGCUUUUGUUUCUACACUGGGUGGACAUUGGCUGGAGCUGAAUUUUUCCACCUUACUUGCACAUAUUUUGGAGGUAGUAUCUCAUCCCAAAGCCACCCAGACUCAAAUUGAUGCUGUUUGCUGUCGCCGUUGUAUUUCUUUCAUCCUCCGAGCCACAGUGGGAAGCCUGCUAGGGGAAAAGGCUCAGAUUGCAGCAGCGAAAGAGAUCUGUCAGGCAGUGGGGAAACAGAAGAAAGCUGUAGAUGCUGCGAUGAGUGACAGCAACAUGGAGACAAAGGGUGGCACAAUGGACGUGUCUGCCAGCCAACACGUGCUUGUCUGUGCUCUGCAAGAGUUGGGCAGUCUUAUACAAAGCCUUGGUUCUACUGCAGCUCCCUUACUUCAAGAUUCCAGCAUAGGUGCCCUGGACAUUAUCAUUUCGGUGCUCUUUCACCCCAGUGUUUCAGCCAGACUGGCUGCAGCGUGGUCUCUACACUGUGUUGCUGUAGCCUUGCCGUCCCAGGUCUCUCCUCUUCUGGAUAGUUGCACUGAACGUCUGAGCGCUCUCCGCUCCUCCCCUGAAGCAGUAACUGGCUACAGUUUUGCCAUUGCAGCCCUGUUGGGAGCAGUACGGGACUGUCCACUGGGAAUUCCUCACGGAAAGGGAAAGAUGAUUAUGACCCAGGCAGAAGAUCUCUUGCGCACAGCAACCCAGAGUAGUCGUGUGUCAGUACAGCGUACACAGGCUGGUUGGCUUCUAAUAUCUGCCCUCAUGACUCUCGGUCCAGCAGUCAUUCAGCACCAUCUUCCUAGAAUACUGUUGCUUUGGAAAAGUGUAUUCCCGCAGUGCCCCAAGGACUUGGAAACGGAGAGGAAUCGUGGCGAUUGUUUCACGUGGCAGGUGACACUAGAAGGACGAGCAGGAGCUCUGUGUGCAAUGAAGAGCUUUGUGUUGCACUGUGGAGAUCUGCUGACAGAUGAUGUUAUUGAGAGGCUUCUUCCUCCGCUCACCUCUGCUGUGAUAUUAUCAACACAAUUGCCAUCGCUUAACAAAGCCUAUGGAGCCCCUCUGAAGAACUUUUCAAUGGUGUUCAGGCAGCGACUCUACGAGGUUCUGUCUUUACUGCCACCCAAAACGUAUGAAGGGAGUUUUAAAUCUAUUCUGAAGCAGCUGAUUGCUGAAUUGACCCUCGCUGACAAUCAAAUGUUUGCUGCUGCCUUCUUGCUUCCAUCCCUCUGUCACCAGGAUGAUUCUCUUCUGCUUGGAGCCUGGUUACAGGAAACAGACCAUCGAUUUAUUGAGGAGCAGUUAAAGUUUGGUGGUAUCUUGGGAGGAGGAAGCCUGGAACAUGAUCCCUUUUCUAUCUUCGAGAGACUAGUGGACGGAGAACUUAUUCCAGUUCCUCUUCCUCCAGUAUUGUCUAUGGUCAGAGCAGCAGUCGACUUGUUUGGAGUGAUAUUCCCUUGUAUUGAUGUUAAUCACAGGGCACAGAUACUGGAUCAGUUUACAGAGUCCAUAAAGCAAGCUAAAGGAUCCAGGCAGCAAACUGUGCAACUAAAUGUUUUUGCUGCUUUCUGUUGUGGAUUAAAGAGAUUGGCUUGUAACAAAUGCAGUUUAGGUCCAGAAGAGGUAAGAAGACCUGCUCUGACUCUCGUCCUGGGUGCCUUGGAAAGUACCAACCUUUUGUUGAGAUGUGCUGCGGCAGAGACACUAGCCAGACUGGCACAGGUUGUAGCAGAUGGUACCUUCACUGCCAAGCUGGCACAGGCUAGCUUUGAGAAGUUAAAGUCUGCGAGGGAUGUGGUUUCACGCACAGGCCACUCAAUGGCCCUGGGUUCCCUCUACAGGUACCUGGGAGGAAUAAGUUCAAGCCAUCAUCUGAGUGCCUGUGUCAGUAUUCUGUACACUCUAUCUCAGGACAGCACCUCACCAGAGGUUCAGACUUGGGCACUGCAUUCCCUGUCACUGUUAAUAGAUUCCAGUGGUCCAGUGUAUAAUGUCCACGUGGAAUCGAGCCUUUCUCUUGUCUUGUUACUGCUGUUGACUGUGCCUCCAGCCCAUGCUGAAGUUCAUCACAGUUUGGGUCGCUGCUUAAAUGCACUCAUUACAACAUUGGGGCCAGAAUUGCAAGGCAACAGCCUGCCUGUCUCCUCGUUAAGAACUUCCUUUCUGGUUGGAUGUGCAGUAAUGCAGGAUAAUCCUGACUGUCUUGUGCAGGCACAGGCUAUCUCCUGCCUGCAGCAGUUACACAUGUUUGCACCACGUCAUGUGAACCUUUCGACCCUUGUCCCCAGCCUGUGUGAAAUCUUGUUGGAUAAUUCUGUUUGGGUAAACCUCUGCAGUUCACAUCUCCUGCUGAGACGUGCUGUGAUCGCCUGCCUACGUCAGCUCGCACAGAGGGAAGCUGCUGAGGUACUGGAACAUGCCAUGGCUCUUGCCAAGGAAUCGAACAGAGGCAGCUGUAAGCUUGAUAUUAAUAUUAGUGAAACCGGCCUAGAGGGAGCCCUUUUCAGCUUGCUGGACAGAGAGUCUGAUCAACGACUUUGCCAAGAUAUCCGGGAAACUCUGAGUCACAUAUUAACAUCCACAGCAGUCGAAAAGCUUUCUCAUUGGUUAAGGUUAUGCAAAGAUGUUUUAUCCGCCUCAGCUGAUUUCACCACAACUGCACUUGUGGACACUACUCAGGAUGAGGAGGAGGACAAGGGAGAUGGUGAUUCAAUUUUUACCUCAAAAAAAGAUCAAUUCCAGCCGAUUAUCACACCCCGCUGGCCCACAAGAGUAUUUGCUGCUCAAUGUGUCUGUCGAAUUAUUACACAGAGUGACGGUACAGAUACUGCUCAUUUUGACAUGGUCAUAGCUCAGGAGCGAAAACUGAAGGACAGUAAAAAUGAUUUCUUGGUGCUGCACUUGGCAGAUUUGAUCCGAAUGGCAUUCAUGGCAGCCACUGACCACAGUGAUGCUCUGAGGCUCUCUGGGCUGGAAACGCUGCUCGUGAUCAUCAGGAAGUUUGCAAGUGUCCCUGAACCAGAGUUUCCUGGUCAUGUGAUCCUGGAACAAUACCAAGCAAAUGUUGGAGCAGCUCUUCGGCCUGCCUUCUCGCCUGACACUCCACCCGAUGUUACAGCUAAGGCGUGUCAAGUUUGCAGUGCCUGGAUUGGAAGUGGAGUAGUGAGUGACCUAAAUGAUCUUCGAAGAGUUCAUCAGUUGCUGGCAACAUCCUUGAGCAAAGUACAGGCUGGUAAGGAAGCCCUGAGCCAGCUUUACAAUGAGAGCACUUCAACUAUGGAGACUUUAGCAGUUCUCAAGGCCUGGGCAGAGGUUUACAUAGUAACGGUUGAAAGGCAAACAAUGUGUGAAGUAAGACAGAAGGAGAAGUGCAAGGCUAUCGUCUCCGCUGCCGAUUCCUCGGGCGAUUCGAAUCCUUCAGGGGACAGUCUUCUUAAUCUGGUUCAGUCUGAACUGGGAGUCCUGAGUAAACUCUGGCUGGCAGUGCUGCAGGACUAUGCACUUCUCACAUUAUCUUCGGAAUAUGCUAGUCAACUUCCUGAUGCAGGGGGUGCAUUCUAUACAUCAGAAACGAUAGAGGGUGCAAGGCUUCAUUAUUACAAUGCAUGGGCUCCUAUCCUCCACGCCACGGCAUUGUGGCUGAACAGCACAGGUUUUGUAGUGGUUGACACAGAUGAGGACUCCUCACAUCUAUCCAGACCUGUAACGCCAACAAUGUUGGGCCAUGAAUCCACUUCUGCAAAUGCAGUAAAGUCGCCAGAGGAUAUCAACACUGAUCGAUUCCACCUCAUUCUGGGAAUCAGUAUAGAGUUUCUCUGCUCGCCACGACCAGAUGCACCAAUGGAGAGCAUCACAGCUUGUUUACGUGCUCUGCAGGCAUUGCUGGACGUUCCUUGGCCACGUUGCAGAAUGGGAAGUGAUCAGGAGCUUGGAGUGGAAUUACUGAAUGUGUUGCACAGAUUGAUCCUCACACGAGAGUCUCCCUUCAUCCAGCUGGCUGUAAUUGAUGUUGUUGGACAGAUAAUACAUGCAGCCCAGGAGCACGUGAAAGAGAAACGGAGGAGUGCAGAAGUGGAUGAUGGUGCUGCUGAGAAAGAGACAUUGCCAGAAUUUGGAGAGGGCCGAGAUACUGGCGGGCUGGUACCAGGGAAAUCCCUAGUCUUUGCAGCUUUGGAGUUGUCCCUCUCUGUCCUUGUUCGCCAGCUCCCACAGCUAAACCCAAAACUGGUGGGAGCUCCUGUUGGUAAUGCUGGGAAAACCCAGCAGUUGACUAAGGAUGGCACUAAGUUAGUGGCAGCUGCCCUGGGAAUUCUCGCUGACCUCCCUUCAGUGUGCUCACCCGCAGGAAGCGUAUCGAUUCUUCCCACACUCCUUUAUCUUAUCAUAGGAGUCCUCACAGAGACUGCGGUGAAGAUGUCCGAUGGUCACAUGUCUUUAACAGUUGGUGCAGCUCUGCAGGCGUUGAGGGCCGUUGUAUUGUCUCCCAUGGCCCAAGCAGAGAAGAGCCGUGCCGCGUGGACCAAACUCCUCCGCAGCGCUUUGGCAACAGUUCUGGAGUUUUGGAAUCCAGAAGAGAUGCGGUCAGAACUGGAUGAAGUGACCAUGCUCAUCGCAAUUAGUGUUUUCUUGAUGUCAGCAAAUCCAGAAGUCGUUUGCGUCCAGUGCCUUGAGAAACCAUGUAUUGAGAGGUUUAAAGUAAUCCUCUGUUCUAAAGAUCCAGCAGUACAAAUGAAGUGCUACAAGUUGCUGCUUUCAAUAUUCCAGCAUCCUAACAGGGCUGUAUCUGUACCAUAUAUCCAUUCCCUGGCUGCUUUAAUUUUACGUAGACUUCAAGAAGUGGAGAAAAGAAAGCCAAGCUCAUACCCAGAGCUGCAAGCGGUGCAGGAAGGCAUGAGAACUCUGGAGACUCUGGUCAGCAUGGCAGAUGAGCAAAACCGAGUCCAUUUGGUAGCUUUGCUCCUACCAAUCCUUAUAUCCUUCCUUUUGGAUGAGAAUGCUCUGAUGUCGGCACUAAACCCAGCCAAGAGUUUGCAUGAAUUUGCUCUGCAGAAGCUGAUGCGAAUAGGCCCUCAGUAUCCAUCCGUCUUUCAAAAGAUGAUGGGCACUUCACCAGCUAUGAAAGCCAGGCUUGAAGCAGCUGUUAAAGGUAACCAGGAGAGUCUGAAAGCCAAGACAGCCGCUGGCCAGCCGAAGUGCCCUGGAAAAAGUUCUCCCAGCAUUCAACUCAAGACUAAUUUCUCAAAUUUCUAACAGGAGCUAUGAAUCAAUUAAUAAAAGAAAAUAAGUCAUACCAAACGAAAUCACGUAAAAGCAUGCAGAGUUUAUUUCAUUAAAAUUACAGGAACUUAUCUACGAAACCUUACCAAGCAUAAUCCAGCCAUUCAUAACAGACAUUAACCUCGUUUGUUUACUUAGAUUAAAACUGUAAACUUGUGUGUAUGUUACAGGGAAACAUUUUAAAAAGUGUUCAAUAUUCCACUUGUUUACAACUAGCAUUGUUUUUAAGUCAUAAAUUUUUUACCAUUUGUUGCACUGUUCGCUCUUUAUUUGGUGACCUGCCCAAAUAACACUUGGAAAAACAUGUUCAGACAUUAGAUCUUAUAGAUUUGGUAUGGCUUGUUAUACAGUGCUUAACCUUCAAGUAAACAAAUAUGAUUAAUAAUGCUAAAGGGAAUUUUAUAUGAUUUUUUAACUUAAAAUAUUGCUAUCUUAAUGCUGGAAUUCAUAGAAUGUCUACUAUGAUGGGUAGGGUUGAAUAUUCCAUACCAUAAAAUGCAACCAGCAGAUACUAACUUCUUAUAAAGACAAUUGCACUACAGUACUAUUUUUUUAAAUGAAAAGGAUUACUUAGGUGAUGCAAUAUUAAAACUGUGGUCUGUACAUAAAAGUAAAACCUUCAGCAGAAUGCAUUUGUAACCAUGAAUCGUAAAAUAACAAAGAAUUUAACUGCAUAAUGGGUCUGGCUGUUAGUGCCAGCCAAACCCUAAUAUGCCAGUGUUAACUGCAGUACAAGUAUUGUGUGUGUAUAGUGUUCACAGCUCAGUAUUCUUAAUACUGAAAAUCUAAAUCCAAAAAAUGUUGUUACAAAAAACUAUCUGCUAGCUGCCAAAUGAUUGAUUCCAGUGCUUUAGCUUUAUGGCGGUCAGAAAUACUGAAUUACUCAUAGAUGAAUUACAUGUUGUGUAUAUAACACAAUUGUAAAUUGUACAGAAUAACCAAAUAUGCAUAAUUGCUAACAUUUUUUUUUGUAAUUUUACUGAGAAAUAAAGCUAAUUUGCUCAUUU